CAAUGUUCUACUAAUAGAAUAAAGAAUGCUCUCUACUUAGUAAUUGAUCAGACUUAUGUCACAUAACGAAUUAAACAAAAUCUGAAAAUGAUGAAGUUUGCCCUACUCCUCCUCGCCACCGGCUUGCUUCUCUCCCCUCCCUUCGCCUCCGCCCACAGCUGCAGCCAAGGCUUCCAAAAAUUAGCCGAGACAAAGCUUCCCAACUCCACGCGAAUCCAGAGCUGCCGCCGCAAGACCCUGGGGACUGAAUUCGCGUGGAGCUUCAACAGUACGUCCCGAAGGCUCCACGUGGCCUUCGGGGCGAGGCUGAGGCAUGAGGACACCGGGUGGAUGGCCUGGGGCGUCAACCCGGACGGCCCCCAGAUGGCCGGGACGAGGGCCGUAAUCGGCGUCAAACACAAGAACGGCACGUUCGAGUGCCACAAGUACAACGUGACGGCCAUGACCAAGUCCCGGCGCUGCCCGCUCGUGCCGGAUGACGAAGCCGACGUCGGGGUGGAGUUCAGCCGGUGCGAAAUGGAUUACGACCCGGGGCUCGAGUACCACGUGAUCGUGACGGCGGUGGUGCUGCCGGAGAAGAAGUUCAACAGCUCCGAGACCAAUGUUGUGUGGCAGAUUGGGGAGGAGAUCAGAGGAAACGAGCCGUUGAUGCAUCCUAAAUCCAUCAACAACUUCGACAGCACUGAGACUAUUGAUCUCGACUCCACUCAAAUAAUUAGUUACACUCGCCAUCAACGUAGUAGACUAAGAAUAGUUCACGGAAUUGUGAACAUAGUGGGAUGGGGGACACUACUCCCGAGUGGUGUGAUAGUGUCAAGAUACAUGAGGAUAUUCCCAGUGCCACGUAAGAAUUGGUACGACAUCCACGUCACAUGCCAGACCUCUGGCUACAUCAUCGGUUCCGCAGGGUGGGCCCUCGGCUUAUGGCUCGGAAAGGCCUCCCAUAACUACAAGUUCAACAUCCAUAACACCGUCGGACUAUUAAUCUUUAUUUUCGCAACCAUACAGAUGUUGGCAUGGAGGUUGAGGCCCCACCCCUCCGAUGGCUACAGGAUGUAUUGGAAUAUGUAUCAUCAUUUUUUAGGGUAUUCGAUUUUGGCGUUGGUAUUUUUCAACAUAUUUUUGGGGAUUAAGAUUUUGGAGCCCGAGCAUGUCUGGAAAUGGGCUUAUAUUGGAGUUCUUGGAACCUUGGGAUCUCUGGCUCUUGCUUUUGAAUUCUUCGGUUGGAUUAAGUUUCUUACACAAAACAGCUCGUCCAAACAUGGAUGAAUGUGCUUCACUAGCUAGGAUCUGCUCAUUUUUCAUUGAAGAGUUCCCAUGUUUAGGAUUAACAAUAUGAUGAUGACCACAUGGUCGGCAAAAGAAAAUGAGAAUAUCCAUUACAUGUUACGGAGUAAUUAAUAA